AUGGUCGUGGCUCCCGAGGGGCUCUGGGUGCCGGCGCGGAAGCCCGAUGCCCAGAGGGUGCUUUGCGUCACUGGCGCGGGCAAGCACAGCGGCCAGUAUGUGGAGAUUGUCUCCGACUUGCCGAUGCUCCGAAAGCUUGAUGAGAGCGGCUGGUCCAACUCCCUGGCCAUCUUUACUGAGAAGAGGUGGCGCAUCACUAGCGACCCGACAGGUUCCAAGUGCUGGCUUCGAAGUCAGAAGCUGGCAUCCUUUCAGUUCGACGCGUCAGCCUGGGAGAAGCGCGAGGGAAAGGGGUGGGUCCCGCAACCGGACGUCUCGUGCCGGUGGGGCUUGGCCUCGGAACUCGAGACAAAGCUCCGGACGCUCGCGCGGAAGGCGCUGAAAGGGAAGCUGCGCCUGACGCUUUUUCGCUGCACUGCGCCCGACUGCCCAAAGGGAUGCGGCAACGUGCUGGCAAAGGACUGGGGGCUCCCUUCACUCGCUGAUUUGCUCGGCCACCUUACGUACUACCAUCGAGGCAGCUCGCAAUAUCACGAGAAGGUGAACGAGGCAUGGAACCAGCAACUUGCCGACGAACUGGAGCAACAAGAGGAGGACGGUGAGGAGUUACUCAGCAUGUUCAAGGCAUCCCUCAACAAACACAACUACGAGCUCAAGACGAAGACCUUGAAUGUUGCUCACCACGUGAACAACAUCCGGAAGAUCGUGCAGAAGAGGGGGUGCGAGGUCAGCCGGUCCCUUGCGAACGACCAGGAGGUCUACGACGAAGUCUGGCAGUGGCAAGAGGAGAAAUCGGGGCACGGGCGCCUCACGGUGUCUCUCCGGUGGCUGAAGAAGUUCACGGAGGUGAGUGCCCUGGAGGCAUAUGACGUGGACAUGUCGUAG